AUUCCAAACCACCUCGCACAUAAAAUGCGUUUAUCUUUCCUGGCUGCUGUUGUUGCUUUGACAGCAUCUAUGUCUGUCAGUGCAUGUAGCAUGGUACUUUGCAACACAACUGCAGAUUGUUGCCCAACCUGGACUUGUGAUUCAACCACACCACUUACCUGCGACCUUAGAUUGACGGUAAGUACUGCCAGUAGGUUGAAAAUUGAGCUGGCAGCCGGAGCAGCACGUCGCAACAGUGAGCUGUGUUUCUGCUUUCGCUUUGGCAGCAUCAUGGUUGAUGAAACAACGAGACGCCAAUUCGUUGCCAAUCGUGAUUCGUAA